AUGGCCGCGACCGCGGAGCCGUCUUCGCUGCCGCCGCAGCGGCGCCCCCGCACGGGCCCACCCCCGGGGCUGAAGAACCUCGGCAACACCUGCUACCUCAACAGCGUCCUCCAGUGCCUUGCGUCCACGCCGCCCCUCGCCACGUUCUGCCUCGACUCUCGCCACUCCAACAUGUGCAAGAAGGUGUUCCCGAACAGGGAGAAGGAGUGCUCGUUCUGCGUGCUUGAGCGGCAGAUCGCCCGGCUGCUUCGGGCGGAUGCAGGGGUGCUCGAUUCCCCCGCAAAGGUUAUCCGCUGCAUGCCCCUAUUCGCCGAGCACUUCAGGUGGGGGCGCCAGGAGGACGCGCACGAGUUCCUCCGCUAUGUGGUAGAUGCCUGUCACACUGCUGGCCUCCGCAUGCGCAAGCGGCUACAUGCAGCAAUUGCCAAUGGAAACUGUGGUGAGGAUGGCCGGGGGCAGGGGGCGUGUCUGGUUAUGAGGGAGACAUUUGGUGGGGAAUUGCUGAGUCAAGUGAAGUGCCUUGUGUGCAAGGGAGAGUCUGAAAAGACUGAUGAGAUAAUGGACAUCAGUCUCGAUCUGCCUGGGAGCAGUUCUGUUGCUGAUGCCCUUGCCCGCUUCUUUCAGCCGGAGAUAUUGGAGGGCGCAAACAAAUAUAGUUGUGAAAGUUGUAACAAGCUCACCUCAGCACGGAAGCAAAUGUUUAUGCUGAGGGCACCUAAGGUGCUUGUCAUACAACUCAAGAGGUUUGAGGGGAUAAAUGGUGGAAAGAUCAACAGGAAUAUAGAAUUCAAAGAGGCACUUGGUCUUUCUGAUUGCAUGCGCAAUAAAAACCAGGAUCCGCAACCAGUAUAUAAUCUUUUUGGUUGUAUCGUCCACUCAGGGCUCUCCGCAGAGUCUGGUCACUACUAUGCCUAUGUUAAGGAUGCUAGUGGUCAAUGGUUUUGUUGUAACGAUUCUCAUGUCUCCCUAUCAAGCUCUCAGAAUGUUUUGUCUGAGAAGGUCUAUAUCCUAUUUUAUAUACUGAAUUCGAAAACUCAAAAGGCUAGUACAAAUGGUUACUCUUCUACUGCAGCUAAACCUUUCAGCACGAAUGGAAUUGGCAUAUCAAGCACCUCAUCUAGUGAGACCUCGAAGGUACCUUUGGUAAAACAGAAUGGCAUAUGUUCUACCAAAGGUAAUGUACUGAUGCCCUUGAAGAAUGGCAAGACUGCAUCAGGUCCACUUAUCAAGCCGAUUCACUUUAAGAAUAGCGCAGCAGAAAAGGUUAUGUCAAAUGGCAAAGUAAACCUCACUUCAAAAAUUAAUCCAGAGGUUAAUGAAACUGCUAAAUCAUCAGAAUCAAAUGGUUGCAAGACUGGACAAUUUGUGGGACCCAGUAAAAAUAAUGCUGAUAAUACUAUUUCUUGUGGAGAGAGAGGCCAACAGUCAGAAAGAAUACUGCAGAAUGCAAAUGGAAAUGGCCAGCCAAUUCAUCAUUCCCAGUAUCUUGGUGAGACUAGUAACGGCAAUGCUAUGCCCUCUCAACAAGAGACCAGUAAUGGCAAUGCCAUGCCCUCUCAACAAGAGACCAGUCAUGGAAAUGCCAUGCCCACUCAACAAGAGACCAGUAAUGGCAAUGCCACGCCUGCUCAACAGGAGACCAGCCAUGGCAAGGCCUCACAUGCUGAACAAUAUUCUGACCAGUCAUCUCAUGCAAACUCUUCAGGAAACAAACGCCAACUUGAAGAAGAUAAGUUUCAGGAAAUGCUUGCUAAGUUAGCUGAUUCUGAGCUUCGGCUGUCUGAAUGGAUGGAUGAUGUCUAUAAUUUUAUGCGCUCGCAAAAGAGGUGUCGAAUUCAAAGUUCAGACAUUCCUCAAGAUUUUGAUGCAAUGAGAAAGCAGCUAAAAUCAGAUUCUGCAAGCAAAUUUAGGGCAAAAAUUCCGGAGACACUGAGGGAAAAUCUCAUUAAACGCCUGAGAUCAUACUUUGAGGGCAAAUAUUCACGUUUUUCAUGCAGCAGUUCUUCAGAAACUACUUAG